UACAGUAAUCUGAGGGAGAGAUAGAGAGAGAGAAAGACCACAUCUGGAGGAAAAUAAAGAAUCAUCAUUUCAUGUCCUCCACCCUCCGUCUUAUUCUCCUCCCUCUCACUCCUUUUUUCAGACUGGGAAAGGAACCGGGAGACAGUAGACAGGCGUCGUAAGCAAGCGAUGCUCCUUUGAAAUGUAUUUAUUUAGACACGAUUUGUCGUAACUUGACAGCAUUAUAUAACCUUUUCCCCGACAAAUUUAUAUCGUAUACUACAAAAACAGUUGGCGCUUUUGGUAUUCUAAGUAUCGUGUUGUGCGUGAGUUGGAAAUUCUCAGCUGGAUCCAGGAGUGUUUUUGAUGAAGACAUCUGGCAUUUUAUUUAAUCUAAACGCUAAACGGAGCGCGCGCUUCAGGUCUUCUCAGCGCGUCACGUAUUUUGGAAUCUGACGGAACGUCGUCUUGAGGCGGGCGGAUCAAAGCCAUGCUGUCACUGGACGAGCCCCUGGAUUUGAAGAUCCCCUCUGGUCGUGACAGGACGAUCAGAACCUCCAUCUGUGCUCCUCUGCAUUUUGCUCGUACCCGAAUAUCUCGGACACUGCAUAAGUCAUCAAGCCCUGAUGCAGCUGAUAAGGACAUGUCAGACUCUUCGUCAUCCACUGCUGUGGAUCUGAGUCUAUCUCCAUCCUCCUCUCCUUCACCACCAUCUCCAAUAGACAGUGGUGCCAGCUGGAGCCCCACAGCGCCUCUGCUGGCCUUAGAAUCUGAGAGCACCCCAUACCAUGAGGACAGCGCCUCUCCUCCUCCGGGAUUCCAGUUCUUCCUGCCGAUUGGUGCAGAGGGUCCCCUGCGCCUGCCCUCCUCAAUGCUGAUUGGUCAACACUCCCCUGAGCCUUCAGGUGAUGAACAGCUGGCCUGCCGCUGGCUAAAGUGCCAUCUGCUGUUCGAGAGCCUGCAGGAUCUGGUGGAUCAUGUCAAUGACUCGCAUGUGAAACCAGAGAAAGCCUCAGGAUACUGCUGCCACUGGGAGGGCUGCGCGCGCAAGGGGAGAGGCUUUAAUGCCAGGUACAAGAUGUUGAUUCAUAUCCGCACUCAUACCAAUGAGAAACCUCAUCACUGCCCGACCUGCCACAAGAGCUUCUCACGUCUGGAGAACCUGAAAAUACACACGCGCUCACACACAGGAGAGAAGCCUUACAUCUGUCCAUACGAAGGCUGCAACAAGCGCUACUCGAACUCCAGCGACCGCUUCAAACACACGCGCACACAUUACGUGGACAAACCCUACUGCUGCAAAAUGGUAGGGUGUCUGAAGCGCUACACUGACCCCAGCUCGCUCCGUAAACACAUCAAGGCUCAUGGACAUGCCGUAGUGCAAGAUCGCGCCGCUUCCCCGAGAACCAACAGGCUGGAAUCAGACACUGCGUCAUUGGUGGACGGACGACGAAUGGAUCAAUCUCACCCAACGGCGGCUAAUUUCAUCCUGCCGGGGGCGACAACCACAUUAUUUGGAGGUCAUGCCUUCGCCGGGCCAUUUGGAGGUCACCCUCUGGAUCUUUCCAGGCUCAGUCCACUUUUAGGAGCAGGGCCAGUGCUGUACCCCAGUUCCAGUGCUCUUGGGCUUGGCAAGUUGCCUAUUUUGCACCCUUUGUUGUUGCCGCCAUUUGGUUUAGGUGGGGGUCAGGCUGAAAGAGGCAUCGAGGAAGAGGAUGAUAUUGAUGUUGAUGAUGAAGAUGAAGGCAGGAUGGGAGCACGACAAGGGCCUCACUCGUGGGUAGUAAUUCCUCCGGGAAUGCUGUUCUUAAAACAAGUUGCAACCACGUAAAUGGUCCUUGUGUAUACCAGAGGUAAAUCUGAUUUGGAUUUGAAUUCAGAUCUUGCAGUCAAUUUUGCAAAUUAAACUUAAAUUUGAUUCAACUGUUGCUGACAUUCUGAUUCUAAUUUGAUUUCAGUUUUCAAGAAUGUGGUGUGAAUCCAGUUUUCUGUUCACACUGUGAAAAACGAAACCAAUCAUAGUCACCUACCCCAAUAAAUGCUUUUAUUUGCUUCGUAAUCCUACCAGGCAUGGUUUUCUUGAAACAGGUUGCACCCACGUAAAUCUGAUUCAGAUCAUACAAAUCAAAUCUGUUAUGUCACGUUCUCAAAGGAGGCUAAAAAACAAUUUGUAAAUAUGAUCCAGAUGUUCCAAUUCUAAUUUGAUUUCAGUUUUUUGAGGAAUGUAGUGUAAAUCCAGUUUUUUUGUACACAAUAUGAAAGUGAAACUGAUUAACAAAAUGCUUUUAUUUGCUUCAUAAUCCCACCAAGCAUGCUAAUCUUGAAACAGGUCGCACCCAAGUAAAUCCGAUUCAGAUUAUCAAUUCAGAUCACACUUAAUUUUUACAAAUCAAAUCUGUUGUCACAUUCUGAAUCAGCCUAAAAACACUAUUUCUAAAUAUGUCCCAAUUUUAAUUUGAUUUCAGUUUUCAUGAAUGUGGUGUGAAUCCAGUUUUCUGUUCACAUUGGGAAAACGAAACUGAUUAGGGUCAAAAAACAAAACAAAAAAAGCCUUUGUUUGUAUCAUAAUCCCACCAGGCAUGAUAUUCUUGCAACAAGUUGCACCCAAAUAAAUCUGAUUCAGAUCCUACAAAUGAAAUCUGUUACGUUACGUUCCAGAAUGAGGCAAAAAACUAUUUGUAAAUAUGAUCCAGAUGUUCCAGUUCUAAUUUGAUUUAAGUUUUCAUGAAUGUGGUGUGAAUCCAGUUUUCUGUUUACACUAUAAAAGUAAAACUGAUUAGGGAUAAAUACCCCCAAAAUGCUUUUAUUUGCUUUGUAAUCCCACUAGAAAUGCUAUUCUUGAAAUGGGUUGCACUAAUAUAAAUCUCAUUCAGAAAUCAAUUCAGAUCACACAAAUCAAAUCUGUUAUGUCAUGUUCCUGAAUAAGGCAAAACAAAAACUAUUUGUAAAUAUGAUCCAAAUGUUCCAAUUCUAAUUGGAUUUCUCUUUUCAUGAAUGUGGUUUAAAUCCACUUGUCUGUUCGCAUUGUGAAGGCGAAAUUGAUAAGGGUUAGAUACCCCCAAAAAGCUUUUAUUUGCUUUGUAGUCCCACCAGGAAUGCUAUUUUUAAAACAGGCUGCCUCCACGUAAAUCUGAUUCAGAUUAUCAAUUCACAUCAUACAAAUCAAAUCUCUUAUGUCACACGAUCCUAAAUAAGGCUAAAAAUAAAUUUGUAAAUAUGAUCCAAAUCUUCCAAUUCUAAUUUGAUUUCAGUUGUCAUGAAUGUGGCGUGAAUCCAGUUUUUUGUUCAGACUAUGAAAGUGAAACUGAUUAACAAAAUGCUUUUAUUUGCUUUUUGAUCCCACCAGACAUGCUAAUCUUGAAAUAGGUUGCACCCACUUAAAUCUGAUUCAAAUAAUCAAUUCAGAUAACACUCAGAUUUCACAAAUCGAAUUUGUUUUGUGAAAUGCUGAAUGAAACUAUUAAAAACUGUUUCUUUAUAUGAUCCAAAUCUUCCAAUUCUAAUUUGAUUUCAGUUUCCAUGAAUGUGAUAAGAAUCCAGUUUUCUGAUCACACUGGAAAUGAAACUAAUCAAAGUCAAAUACCUCAAAAAUGCUUUUAUUUGAUUCAUAGUCCCACCAGACAUGCUAUUCUUGAAACAGGCUGCAUACACGUAAAUCUGAUUCAGAUUAUCAGUUCAGAUCGUACAAAUCAAAUAUUUUAUGUCCCAAACAAGGCUAAAAAAUACAUUUGUAAAUAUGAUCAAAUUAUGAAGCAAAUAAAAGCAUGUUUGUGGUAUCUGACCUUGAUCCAGUUUUCUGUUCUCACUAUGAAAUCCAGUUUUCUGUUCACACUGUAAAAGGGAAACUGAUUAACAAAAUGCUUUUAUUCGCUUUUUGAUCCCACCAGACAUGCUAAUCUUGAAACAGGUUGCACCCAUGUAAAUCUGAUUCAGAUUAUAAAUUCAGAUUACCCUCAAUUUUCAAAAAUCUAACCGGUUAUUAUAAUAUAUUGUCCAAAUCUUCCAAUUUUAAUUCGAAUGUGGUGUGAAUCUAGUUUUCUGUUCACACCAUGAGAGCGAAACUAUUCGAAUGCUUUUAUUUGCUUCAUAGUUCCACCAGGCAUGCUAUUCUUGAAACAGGUUGCACCCACAUAAAUCUUAAAUAUUAGAUAAAAAAUGAGAUAUCAGUUCAGAACACACAGUCAGUUUUCACAAAGCGAAUCUGUCACAAUCUAAAUGAGCCUUAAAAAACUAUUUGUAAAUAUGAUCCAAAUCUUCCAAUUCUAAUUUGAUUUCAGUUUUCAUGAAUGUGGCGUGAAUCCAGAUUUCUGUUCACACAAAAAACUGAAUUGGUUUAAGUUAGAUACACCAAACAUGUAUCUGAACCUCUUCUGAUCACAUCAAGGACAUGAUAGCUGUAAUUGAAAUAUUUUAAUAAUUAAUCAGAUAAAUAAUAAAUCGGAAUAGCCUCAACUAUUAUAAAACGAUAAACAAGGGCAAUAUCACUGGCAUCACUUUCCAGCUGAUCAACAAUAAAAACACUUACAAGCUUCUGCAAAGAUUCUCAACAGACAAUAAACAGAACGUCAGCUGGUGCACAAGCUAAGAUGGUUAUCAUUAUGGUAAUCUUCAUAGUUAUUGGUCUUCGUGUGGCUGCACACACACAUCGUAUUUGUUUUUACAAGGAAUUGUAAAUGUUAGACAUUGGGGUGCUGCCUUUUUGGGAAAUCAUGUGGGAUAAUCUAAGCAAUGAGCAAGAUAAACAUGGUGUGUUUAAAUAUGCAACAUUAAGCAGUGUUGCAGAAUUUAAAUAUUGAUUCCUGACACCAAUAUUCAUUCACCAUCUGUACACUGUAUAAAUCAGAAUGCCAUAAAAGAUGUCAAUAAACGUUAUGUGACGUCUGACGAGAACUGCUUAGAGGGCAGAGCUUCCUAAUUCCUAAUCUGCACCUUUGUUUGUUUAAAUUAGUCUCGUGGUGUGUAAUGACAGCUGCAUUGGCUUGGAAAUUUGACCCACAGUGGUCAAACAAAGAGAACAGGAUGCAAUACGAAAAGGAUACAUCAUCUUUUGAUAUAGAUUUAAGUAAAUGGAGUAAAAUGAGCUUCUAAAAAGAUUUUUUAAAAUGAAAAUAAUAUGAAAAACUCAUAACCCACAUGGCCUCUAUUGUAAUGUGUUUAAGACUUGCUUGUGUGCAAGUUUUAAUAGCACUGUUUAUCAAGAAGUAACAUAUUUGGGUCAUUUAAGUAAUACUUUUGUCUGUGUAGACGUGCACCUUGAUUGCUUUAAGUAAUCAUCAGCUUGAACUUUAAUUAUUAGCCAUUUAAUGGUGCAAAUUUGCUACGUCAUGUACAUUUUUGAAGACGAGACAUUGACUGUGUCAAAACUGUGUCAUAUGAUGACAUGAGUCCACUUGGACUCCGCUGUUUGUUAUUCAUUAUUAUGUUCUGUGACAUUAACCUUGAUGCAUGGAUGCUUUCUCAGUUAAAUGUAAAACCGGAGCCUGGUUUUGCACCGGGAGUCCUGUAUGUAAUGUUGUAUAGCUCUGAUUUUAUAUUUGCCAUACACAGUGGAGAUAAAUGCUAAGACUACGGCCUGUCUGGGCCAGCGCAAGUAUUUUAAUGAAAUAUAUUUGCACAGAAUAUUUUAUCGAACAUAUUUUUACCAGUACCAAGUGCCUUCUAUUGUUAUGUCAUUAUUGACGAAAUACAAUGUAUGAAAUACAUUGGGAUGUAUAUUGUCAGUUCAUGUAUGUAUAUUUUACCAGAUUUACUUCAGUCUUCUUUUUUCUUUUUACACUUUCUUGACGUUGAGGCUUAUGCCUCAUGAAUCUUAGCUAAUGCUAAUGUCUCUUACCAUAACACAAGACGUCUGUCAAUGUGACUGGAAUGAAAUUUAUGAAAUAGGUGACUAUGACGCAUCAGUCUAAUAAAGAGUGCAAUGACAUAA